GCGCACACACCCUCUCACUCUCCCGCGCAAUGUCUCCCGCCCUCGAUCCCGCACAUAAAACACGACGUGUCCUCCUCAUCGUCGACGCACAACUCGGCCUCCUCUCCGACCCCCCAAAGGGCGUCCCCGCCGCCCCCGCCGUCAAAUCUAACAUCCUCCGCAUCCUCACCGCCGCGCGCGCCGCAUCACACCCCCCGCUCAUCGUUCACGUCCGCAAUUGCGGCGAUGCCGGAGAGCCUGACGCGCCGCACACCCCCGGCUGGGAGCUCGUCUACGCCCCGCUGCCGCACGAGCCCGUCAUCGACAAGCUCAAGAACAACGCGUUCGCCGGCACGCGCCUGUGCACGCUCGUCCCCGAUGACGCGGAGAUCGUCGUCGUCGGUCUCCAGAGCGACUUUUGCAUUCGCGCCACGUGCAGCGCCGCCCUCGGCCGCGGGAACGAGGUCCUGCUCAUCCGCGGCGCGCACGCGACGUAUGAUCGCCAGGAGGUCUGGGCGGGUGGAGGCGUCACCCAGGCGAGCAUGGUCGAACGCGAGAUCGAGGCGGAACUCGAGGAGGCCGGCGUCGUGCUCCUCGACAUGACCGACGUGCCCGACGUCUUUGCGGAUUAGCGGCGUAGCCGCGAGGCCUCGCAGAGGGAGGGGAGGGGGACGCGUCGUCGUCAUCGGUCACUAUCUUGUUCUUGGGCUUGUGUACAAUCAGCUCUGUUUGUAUUUUCUUGUCCUGCUUACUUACGCUCUGCACUCUGAUCAUCACACGCACACGCAGCAUUCUCUCUUUCUUUGUUUUGGUAUCAUCAUCGCACGAUAUACGGCAUACGACACACUGCUGAAUUGUAUGGCUUCGCAGCUUGGGGGGUUUGGGUAGAUGCGUGUAU